AGCGUGGUGUCGUGGUGUGGUGUGGAGUGUGGACUGCGGAAUCACCGAGGCAGUAGUUUUAGAACACACAGAGACUAGGUACUUAUUGAGAGAAAGAGAAAAGUUCACGGCUCACGGCACUUAAAGCGUAUAAAGACUUACUCCGCAUUCUCCCUAUGCCGUGUGGGUAAAAUUGUACCAGAAGGCCGAAGGUACUCUAUGUACUAUACCAGUGCACCUUGUUCUCGUGAUCCGUGUAGUGUGUGAGUAAAUAUAAAUUUUCGGGCUGGCCUAGCUGUUCUUGCGUGAAUAAAAGUGGGUUUAUAGUUUUUGUGUAAUAAACCACAGUUAAAGCCUCGGCCGAGGACACCAACGUUAUAUCGUAAAUUUAAUCGUCAACAUAUUAAGCAGGUCUGGCCCAUACUACGCUCUGACUCAUCUUUUGUAUAGCCAGAGCACUGUAUAUAGGUAUAUUAAUCGUGAACGUUGCGCAAUACUCGUAAGUACUAGCUAUCACUACUGCACCGCUAAGCUGCCAAGAAGCAAAAUAUAUAAAAAAAAAAAACAAAAAAAACAAAGAAACGUACAAGUAUAGAUUCACAUAGGACAAUAACAUCCCAGUGUACGUAAACAAACGGGUCAUUUCAUUUUGUACAAGUGCAUGAAAGGUGAGAUUAGCAAGAACUGUGUUGGUAAACAAAGCUGUGUACGAGGCGAGGUGAUUCACGCCCAUUACGGUACAUGUGUGUGUAUAUAUAAAUACCUACGUUCUGAUCUGGCCAAUGUGUAUUUUUUGUGUGGGCAUGUGAAUGUUUUUUGGCAUUAAAUAAAAUAAUAUUCAAGUCAGAGUUUUGGAAUAAUAAGAUCAGAAAAAAACAAUAGAACGUGUGUAUCGUUUGAAAAACAUUAUUAGCUAAGAUUCCUCAAAAUCAUUAGAGCGGGACGACAUGCCAAGCGCUGAAGAGACAACAUAUCUGAUCGAGGUUAUGCCUGACACGAAAAUUAACCAGGAAAGCUAUACAUCCCACGAUGUUGAUGUUCUAGUCUCACGCAUUAAGCAGAAUCUCAGGCUCUCGAGUCUUAAAUCACGCUCCAGUCUUGUUUCGUCGCAGAAGCUACGCAUGUCUCCCUAUAGGCUUCCCUCGCGUACCUGGGCCGAGUUGGGCCACCAUCACCACAGACGGUACCGCAAAUCUAGUUCUCUAGACCUCGACGACUCUUACGAGCGCUUUCAAGCGUUGUUGCACAGUGGAGCUCUGAUUAAGGAGGCAGUUAAGAGGCUUCAGAGCAGUUCAGAUGAUGAUCUGGUGAAUGACGAUGAAGACAAAGAGGAGGAAGACGAAGAUGAUGACGACAAGCACCGGCAGCACCACUUUUUUGUCCGUAGGAAACAUUUUGACUACGAUUCCGAGGAUGAGCCCAACGACGUUGAGAUAUGAAAAUGAUCGAGCUAUCGAUUCUGAACGGAUCGAGAAAAAAUGUGUAUAUAUAUUAUGUGUUCUUCGCACUUUCGUAGUGGAAAUUAAACGAGAAGAAACCGUGAAGCGGAUUCCAUGCGAAAAAAAAGAUGGAGAACGCGCUACUUUGUCCUCCAAAAUACUAAUAAUGGCGCUGCGUUUAUUUGUAAAUACAUGCGAAGUAUUAAAUUGGUGGUAUUAUGGUAUAUUACUUCUUGGUGGUAUAUAGGUACAUUACGAGUAUACGUAGGUAUGUACAUACAUACAUCCCAUCUCAGAGUUUCGUCAUCGUAUCAUACUCGUGCACACAGCUUUUUCAUUCUUAUUAGUAUUAAAAAUAUAUGUUGUGUUCAAGGGCGAGUUAAGAAUGUGAAUAGCCCCACGUACACACUACUGAAUUAAGGACAAUAAUUGCAGGGAAAGUAACAAAUUUUAAAUAAGCUUUAAGAAUAUUUAAAUUUUAAUAAACAACAAAAACAUCGAACGAAUACUCGAAUAUUUAUAAUUACACGUUAGAUUCUUUUAAAGUUUAUGAAAUAGUUUAAUGUAGGGAACUAUGACUACCCUCCAUAUAAAAAAAAAAAAAAAAAAAUCGGCAAUCUUCCUAACUAUUGAUGUUAUUGAGCAUAAUACUGGGUACAAGGCUUUUUGCGCCUAAUGGAUUUUAUACAUUUUUUCUCACUCAAAUAUGUACGUAGUUAUUUAAUAGCUAUUUUAUUUUUGUACAAAAAUACUACAGUUAAACUGUGAAUGAGAAAUUUUUUUUAUUUUAACAAAUUCCUUUAAUAAACAACUGUUUUUUAUUUCAACUAAUUCUUAUUUUUUAUUCUUGUGGUACGUAUACGUGUCCCACAUGAAUACUAAAUGUGAAUGUUCGUGCGUAGUUCUAUGUUGUAUUAGGUAGGUAUACAUAUAGUACUGAUGCAUUUUAUCAGUUAAUAAAAGAACGACCUACAACACGAAAGCAACCUCGAUACUACUACUAUUACCACCAUAUUCAGUUGAUCUGUGGUUUGUGUACUGUUCUCUCUGCUAAGCAGAAAGGAAGAAGGAAGAAAAAAUAGAGAACGAGUAUAACAGAGAAAGCGAGAAAGAGAGCGCGCAAAGAUGGGAACUCAUGCCUGUGGUUGAGUUAGCCUAUACGUAUGCACCACACGUGGGUUUUUCUCCGAACUAAAUUCUCAAAAGACUUUGGAGCGAUUUCUUCACUUCUAUUCCUAUUUCAACAGCUAAGUCGUAUUACAAAUCAAGCUUUGAGUAUUGAAAAUUUUUAAGCUGAGAAGUCUCAAACAUUCAAGCGCUACUGAAAUUUUGAAAUAUAAGAAUAAUAUUAGUAACUAACCAGACUGUUGAAUGAAAACGAUUAUAAUUAUGCUCAGUAUUUAUUUACGAAGUUUUUAUGUCGAUCAGAACUAAGCGCUUGCCAAAAAAAUAUACAAAGAGACAUCUAAGGCUGGGCCUAAACAUUUUCGAAUUAUUUCUGUAACAUGCUUUUGGAGCAAGAAGCAACAAGCUGGAUAAUCUCUUCACGUUUUAUUUUCCAAGUUAUCGUUUUGGCGACCAGAUGGUAUAUCUUUUUCUUUCACAUUAGUCUUCAGAGUGAUAAGUUAUACGCUCCGGGUUCUUGACAAAAUUUUGUGACGCUCAGUCAUGCAUUUAUUUUUUUGCAUGUGCACAAUUACACCGCAUGAGAACAAAAAAAAAACCUCGUUCACGCAAAAAAAAGUUUUUUCGGUUUUACACACAAAGUUCAGUUUUUUGAACGCCUAAAU